UAGGAAGAGGAGAAAAGCAAUGCGAAAUCAAGGAUAUAGCUGAGAGAGACAGGAAGAGAGGGGGAGAGAGAAAGGGGCGAUUGAAGGGAAGAUACGCAGGGGAAAAGAUCUUUAGAUAGUAUAUUUAUUUUUAGACAUAGGAAGGCAUCCCCCAGAAGAUUGGUCCAAUGAACAUGUCAGUGUUGACUUUGCAAGAAUACGAAUUUGAAAAGCAAUUCAACGAGAAUGAAGCCAUCCAGUGGAUGCAAGAGAAUUGGAAGAAAUCUUUUCUGUUUUCAGCUCUGUACGCUGCCUUUAUAUUUGGUGGUCGGCACCUAAUGAACAAACGAGCAAAAUUUGAACUGAGGAAACCACUAGUACUCUGGUCCCUGAGCCUUGCAGUCUUCAGUAUAUUUGGUGCUGUUCGAACUGGUGCUUAUAUGCUGUACAUUCUGAUGACCAAAGGCCUGAAGCAGUCAGUGUGUGACCAGAGUUUUUACAAUGGACCUGUCAGCAAAUUCUGGGCUUACGCGUUUGUGCUAAGCAAAGCACCCGAACUAGGAGAUACAAUAUUCAUUAUUCUUAGAAAACAGAAGCUCAUCUUCCUGCACUGGUACCACCACAUUACGGUGCUGCUUUAUUCUUGGUACUCUUACAAGGACAUGGUGGCUGGCGGUGGCUGGUUUAUGACCAUGAACUAUGGGGUCCACGCCGUUAUGUACUCUUACUAUGCCUUGCGGGCUGCUGGCUUCAGAGUCUCACGCAAGUUUGCCAUGUUCAUCACCUUAUCACAGAUCACUCAGAUGUUGAUUGGUUGUGUAGUUAAUUAUCUGGUCUUCUCCUGGAUGCAGCAGGGGCAGUGCCACUCCCAUGUUCAGAACAUCAUCUGGUCUUCUCUCAUGUACCUCAGCUACUUCGUGUUAUUCUGCCAUUUCUUCUUUGAGGCCUACGUCGGCAAAACCAGAAAAGCAAGGAAGGCUGACUAGUGGUAUAAACAAGACAGAAGCCAUAGCUCAGGGUCAUCAAGAAAAACAAAAUAAAAACAAACAAAAGAAAAUGGCACAAGGAAACAUGUAUGGUGCAGCUAAAACUCAGCAGCUUAGGGACAGCUAGGUUGGUUUAAACCAGUAAGUUUAUGAUCCUAUCAUGGUGAGGACUCACUGAAUUCUACUCCAUCUCAAAGGACUGCUGAGGAAAGACAUCUUCCUUCUUGUACCUGUCAGCUCUGAAAAAGGAAGGAAAAUAACAUUUUGUGGGGAAAAAAAUAAGCGUUGUUCUUCCCCAAAGAUGGAAGAAAGACUUUUAUUAAAAACAAAUUAUUUCUAUAUCCUUUCUAAUCUUUUUUCUGCAUUAAAUUUGAACAAAACAAAGCAGAGAGCAAACUGUUUGUGUCUAUGAUACCAGUACAGUUACAAAAUUAAAAACUUUAUCCUAAAGGGUUGACAUGUUUACCCCCAAAAUGAAAAGUGAAUGCUAUCUUGAAUGUUUAUUAUGGAACAUCAUUGAACUCCAUUCCAGUAGUGAAUGUAGUGGAUAAAAGAUUGAUUUCUCCAUUCUGUACUAUGCUGUGCAUGCAGAUCUGGUAUGAAACAUCAGUGCUUUGAGCAGGCAGGGGGGACCAGUAAUUUUACAAGAUUUUACUGUGAUGAGAUGUGCUGUUGCAAUACAUAUCAUAUCUCAGAGAGUGCUUUUUCCAAGUGCAUCAAAGUCAAGGAAUUUCUGCAGCAGAAUAAUACAGAGGGUUAAAUCAAUCUCUGUUAAAUUACCUAGGGCUAGCAACAGAGCAGUGGAGGGGGAGGGGGAGGGAGAGAACCCCCAGAUAUUUUUAACAAUUAUCUGUGAGUCUCAGACUAAUUAGCAGUAUAAUAGAAGUUGAAGAAAAUGAAAGUGGGGAGGAAUCAGAAGAAAAUCUAGAUAGCUAGAGAUAGGCACUCUCUCUAUCUACAGAAUAGAGCCCUGUGGUGCAGCACAUAUUUUAUAUUUUUGUGAACUUCGGAAAAAGAUAUCUGCAACCUUAAUAGCAUUCGGCAGGACUGUAUGUGACAUUGGGUAACACUGUGUUUCUGCAUUUGCUUCAUGAGCAGUGCAAAGAUGUUUAAAGUGCCCUCCUCUGGUCAUGUGGAGAUACUACAACAAAACAUACUUGGAAUAGUUUUUCUUGAGACUUCUAUAGAAAAAUUCGUCUAAAUGAAAUAAUUUUGCUGCAACAGCUUAACUCUAAUGUCCGGAGAGAAUUAUCCUUAAUUAAGAACAAUCUGUACUGUAGCAUCCUGCUGACCACUUAAGAAGACAUCCUGUUCUCAAGUCAGCUACAGAUAGAAGAAAAGGUAUUUCACUCUGAACCUCAGAGAGAGUUAGUUGAUAAGAGCCAUAUUCUUUCAAAGAAAAGUAGAUUGCAUUAUCUGUAAUAUUUCAGUCCUUACAAAGCCAAAUAAAAUGUGUACAAGUUCCUAGUAUUUAAAAAAAGCAAGUAUGUAAACUUGAUGUUAAAUGUGUUAAUGUAGUAUUCUAAAUUGUAUCAGUUUGUUAGUUUAACUAAACAAUUAGAAGAACUAGAUGAACAGAAUAGGGGUUGCUGUUCUGCAUAGAAUAUACACAACUACACCCAUAUACACGUUAUGUGACUUGUCAACAAGAAAAAAAUCCAGUGGAAGAGAAUCACAUUUUCUGGCUAAUGCAAAAGUUGUCAUUAUCUUUCUUGCUUUAAUUUGAGAUUGUACAGUACAAAGUAUUAUUAUUAUUAUUAUUUUGGCUUUAAUUGUGCUGACAUUCAUAAAAACAGAGCUGCUUAAUAUCCUAUUAGAGACAAGAAGGGCUUUCAGUGUCUCAUUAUGUGAAGAAGAAAAAAAAUAAAGUUACAUUCCGUAUUAUGUGAAUGCUUUUAAAAGAAUCAGAAAGUCCUUGGGGGCCUACCCAUAACUAUAACAAGCAGAAAAACAAGUUUACAUGUGUGUUACUUACGUUAUUGAUGUUCUGGCCUUAUUUUAUGGUACACAACCAACAGCAAAAUGUGAUAUUCAGUAAUGAAGAUGACGUGAGCUUAAAUGAUAGAACUACUGUAUAAGCGCUAUUAGACAAAAAGAAUUAAACAUGUAAACGAUGGUAUUUCACAAAUUUGGAAGUAGAUAAUUAUAAUGCACAAUAAGCUGUUUUCUCCUGCUUAACUUUUGCCGGGGCUUAAAGGUAGCAGUAACUGAAGAGAAGAAAAAUAAUUAAGGAUGAAAAAGACAAAAUUAAACUUGAAUUCAGUCAGAACAGAAGCAUCAGUAACAAGCCAACGAUUGUGCCAUUCAGAUGUUCAGUUCUGUGUUUCUGUGGUCUCUAAUCAUUUCUAUGCAGGCUGAAAUAAAAAGAUGAAAGUGACCCACAUGUGUUUUGAAAUUAGGGGUGAAAUCCUGACUCCACUGAAAUCAAUGGGAGUUUUGCCAUUGACUUGAAUGAGGCUAACAUUUUCACCCUAUAAUGCUACUUCUUUUAUCUGAGUAAUGGGGAAAAAAUGCAUUCAUUUUAAUUUAUUUUAUGUUUAUUUAAAGGCUCAGUAAACCUUAGAAAUGAGAAGCUAGACCAUAGGUAGGUAAAGUAUUGUGGGCUAAUUUCAGUGGUAUAACAGAGAGGAAAUAAUACAGUAGACUUUUUUAAAACAAUUAUUUCUGUGCAGUAUUUUCAAAAAAUACUGUAUAUGUUACACAUUUUGUUUAAUUUGUCAAGAUGAAAAACAAAUGAUACUGUAUUAAAAAUGUAGGACGAGAUUGAAAUCCUGGGAGUUUUGCCAUUGACUUAAACAAAACCAGAAUUUCACGCACUGAGUAAUACUUUACUCCACUACGAAUACAUCUGCAGAGCAAAUAAAGUUGCGAGUAUAGGAUGGGUAGGCAUACCCAUGCUAGCUGGAUUAAAGCUAGCGUGAGUAACAGGAGUGAAGAUGUGGUAGCAAGGAGUUCAGCAUGGGCUAGUAAUCCAAGUACAUACCGAGGUCCCCAAAGUCAAUGGGAGCUCAACUACAGAGUAAAGUCUUCAUGCAAAUAAAUAGGGCUACUCGGAUAAGAACUACUUAUUAAUGGAUUGCAGGAUCAGAAUCGUAUUCGGCAGUAUAUUUGUGUAAAUUGACGGCUGCACUGAAAAUUGAACGGUCAUUUGCUUUAUCUGAUGCCAUACCAUGGACUCAUUUACUUAUGUCCUAUUUAUAUUGCAGUACUGUACAGUAGAAUUUUUACUGAUGAAGUUUCACUGGAUUCAAAUGUGAUAGUCUCAAUUCCUUUAAAUUAGAUUAAGUCCAAAUACAAAAAAAUUUUGUUUUUAUAUUUUUAGUUUCAAAAAAGCACACAUCCCCUUCAGGCCCCUGUCAUUUAACCCAAUAACAUUAGGGUUAAACCUAUGGGGCUUCAGUCCUGGUGUAAUUCCACUGAAGUUUAUGCAGUAUUGCCAAUCCAAAUUGUUCAAAAUUCAUGAGUCAGGCCCUAAAAAUCAUGAUUUAAAAAUAAUAAGUGUUGGGUUUAUUUUUCUUUGCCUUCAGCAUUUUGAGCCUUAGGGGUGCGGUCACAGUUUCAACCUCUAUUCUACAAACAUGAGGGCUAGAGACUUAUCUUUUUUCAAUGAAAGCUAAGACUCUGUUGUGGUCACAUGACUCCAGGAGCUCAGACUGUAAGAAAAACUCUUAAGUAUUGUAAACCUAGGAUAAAAUAAUGACAGUUGGCAGCACAGUUCAUGGGAUUCGUUUGGCCUUGUGAAGUCAAGGAAGUUACACAAAUUAUGAAUUCAGCCCACUGGGGCCCAAUUCUGUUCUGAUUUACACAAGUAUAAAUCCAGUAUGAGUUCACUGGAGUCAGUGGAGUUACUCUAGAUUUACACUCAUGAAGCUAAGAGCAGAAUUUGGUUCUUGCUGAGCAGUGAAAUUGUAUAGUGACUAUUUAAAGAAAAUAUUUUCAACUGGUUAAUAAAAAUGUCAAAAAAGUAGGGUAAGUCUGAAAGCUCUUUAAGUUGUGCCUGUGGGAAAAUAACCCAUGCUUACAAACAUUUGUACAUCAGAGUCACAAAUGAUUUGUGUCCAAUCUCCCAGAUAGCGCAUAAGAGUGACUGGAUGCAAAGGAGAGCUACUCCCAUGGAGCCCAACCAGGAGAAUGUCACGGUAAACUAACAACUGUUUUUACCUUACAAAAUAAGGACACAGCCAUGCAAAUGGAAUACAGUCAACAAGCAACCUGAGUAGUUGGAAUCAUGGAUUAGGAUGUAUGUUACAGUAGAUAUGACAAGGCAAUCCUGUCCUGUUUUCCAAGAGAUGAUAGUUACUGAUAAAAGCCAUUUACAAAUCAGGGUGCUUAGGAUAUUAGAUGUGAGAGGUUAAAAUGUGGAUUAGGAACCUUUCUAAAAAUUAGUCUAAUGUAAAUGGGUUGUAUCCUAUAUAGCUUAUACUACCGUGGCUGGUGGAAAAUGGUCUGUCCCUACACAUUUUGUUGAGUAGUUAAUUGCACAGUGGCUCCUUGGUCCCACUCAAGUGUUUGACAACUUCAGAAUUUUUCUAUGAUUUGUUUGACCCUGAAGACUUGAUUUCCAUAUGUUUCUUCUCUCUCAUAACAUUAAGUCUUGGGAGAAUAUAUCAGUUGACAAACGCUUAAGUGAGCUAAACUCCUAUUGUAUUCAGGUAAUCAAUUUUAUGUAACAGACUGUGUAAAACUCAAAUGAUUGUAACUAUGAAAACAGCAGCCUUUGUGGGCAGGUGCCAGAUAUAGUAUGUUAGUGCACUGUGAUGUAUCAAAACAAGUUAAUUGUUUGCUUUCUGUCCUGUAUUUCAGAACCACUUAUAACAGUAUAAUAUAUUUAUAUACAAAUAAAUAUAGGUAUACUUUAUGUAUAGUAAUAAACUGGCUUUGAUAGAGGAAGCAAUUUGAAUAGAUGAUGAUGAGCUCCAGCAUUGGUGUGAUGUCUCUCUCCUUCAGGGCCUGAUUUGAAGCCCAUUGAAGUGGCUGGAAAGACAUCCAUUGACUUCAGUGGGCUUUGGGUCAGGCCUUUACAGUCCAAUCCUACAAUGUGAUAAAAGACCUAAAUCCUGCUAAGUUCAAUGGGUGUUGAGGUUCCUCAGCACAUCACAGGCCCUGAAGACACAAGUCAUUAAUCCUUAGCCACAUUACCCUCCCUAAAUGAACUGCAGAGUUUAUAAGGAGAAAUCGUCAAUAUUUUUCUGUUAUUUUAUUUCUAUAUAUCUUAUGUUCAUUUAAUUAAAGACAAAAGACCCAUAUCCUGCAACUGGAUUCUUGCCCAUGCAGAGCUCCACCAAAGUCACUGUGGCUGUACAUGGGCAGAGAGGGCUUUACGCACUCGGAACUAGUUGCAGGAUCAGCACCUGUGGGAGCCAAAACUGCCUAGCAGGUUUCAAGAUAAUCAGCUAUACCAAGUUAGAUCAGCUUUGCAGAGUGACAAGUAUCAGAGGGGUAGCCGUGUUAGUCUGGAUCUGUAAAAGCAGCAAAGAAUCCUGUGGCACCUUAUAGACUAACAGACGUUUUGGAGCAUGAGCUUUCGUGGGUGAAUACCCACUUCGUUGCCACAGGACUCUUUGCUGCUUUUGCAGAGUGAGUUCUGCAGCUUGGGAGCUAAUGGGCCUUUCCUAAAAUGACAGUAUCUCAGUGGAAUGCUGCAUUUUGCCAACUCGAUGUGUUUGAAUCUCUUUCCUAUUGGACAUACAGCAGUAUUCCCCUUACAUAAUGAUAUUCCUGAGAGGUCCCACUUCUUCCUAAUCCUGGGCAGCUUCAAAUAGGCCCAUCUGCCAAAAAACAAAUCCACCCACCCCACAGCUCUGAUUGACUUUUCUGCUUUCUCAAAAGCCAAUAUACCUUUUAGGCUUCUUGGAGUAUUAAACCUCAAGCUAGAUUGCUAUUCAGAUAAGAUUAAAUGUGUACAAUAACUAGGAGAGAAUAAUAAGAGAAAUAUCUUUAUUUUGCCAUUUUCAAAUGGAUAUUUCACUACAUAAAAGGAAUUUUAUUUUUAUUUUUGGGAGGGAUAUUGCUAUUCGAAAUAAAAUUUUAACUUUUGGUUCAAAAUAAA